AUGGGUGAAAAUGUGACUACGGUACCAGAACUGCGUCGCAAUUCACUUCAUCAGCGGAACUUGCUUCUGAGCAUGCGAUUGAAUAAUGGUCCUGGCCGAAAAAGCUUUGGAAACUCUGCAAGAACAUCAUCUGGUCCCAAUUUGGCUCGGAAACCGUGGCGCAUGUCUCUCUCGCACGAGACAAAAACGACGGCAGCAUUGGUAGGAACGGGACUCGGUCAUCGACCGAGAGAUGCGACAGCCAAUGUGAAAAUAUCACCUCUCACUAGAUCCAAGCUCAACACUGCACAGAUAUCACCCAAAAAGGAGUUCAACAGUGCACCCAAUGGCGCAGCCGGAAAUUUUGCGUCAAGAUACCAAGAACUGUCGCUGGACGACUUCGAAGUAGGGAAAAAGCUGGGCAAAGGGAAAUUCGGUAAAGUUUUCUGCGUCAAGCACAAAGCAACAGGGUUUAUUUGUGCAUUGAAGGCCAUGAAGAAAAGCGAGAUAGUUCAGUACAAUGUUCAAAAACAAUUUAGAAGGGAAGUCGAGAUACAAGCAGCGCUUAAACAUCCCAAUCUCACCAAACUGUACGGCUACUUCCACGACGAUAAACGCGUGUAUCUGCUGAUGGAAUAUCCUGUUAAUGGUGAGCUAUACAAGCACUUGAGGUCCCACGGCCCCUUCAACGAUAUUGUGGCCUCUCACUUUGUAUCUCAGAUGGCAGAUGCUCUCGAUUACAUGCAUAGUCGACACAUUCUACACAGAGAUAUCAAACCAGAGAAUGUUUUGCUUGGGUUCCAAAAUACCCUCAAACUCACAGAUUUCGGAUGGAGCGUCACCAACGUGGGUAGUGCUAAAAGGAAAACACUCUGCGGUACGAUGGAUUAUUUGUCUCCAGAACUGAUUAAAUGGCGAGAGUACGACAAUAGAGCUGACGUCUGGGCUCUGGGUGUCUUGGCGUUUGAACUCUUGGUUGGCAAUCCCCCAUUUGAAGAGAGUUCCAAGGAGCUCACUUACCGGCGCAUCUUGAAACGAGACUUGUUGUUCCCCGAUCAUGUUUCAGUGCCAGCUCGAGAUCUUAUUAGCCGCUUACUGGCGUACGAGCCAAAUUCUAGAAUACCUCUGAAGGACGUGAAAAACCAUCCUUGGAUUGAGAAAAAUCGUCCAUUUUGGUGA